AUGAUGAAGCAGCGGUUUGAUUUGGGCUCUAGAUUACUGCAAAGAUUGGGAGUGACACCUUUAAUUUUUGAGAAUCGAACUCAGGACAUAGACAGCGAACGCUACAUCCCGUCCACGGGCUACAACAACGACAAAGAUGACAGGCGCGUGCCAAGCAUGCAGAAAGUCCCCUCAAUCUCGGACCUGUCUGAUGGGUGCCUUG